UGUAUGGCAAAUAUACAGGGGUAUUUCUAAAACUGGCCGGUCGCCGGCUUCGGCAGAUGCAGCGGCGAGAGCCGUGAGGACGCCGGUGGGACGGACGUCCCGAAGGUCGCCACCGCUGCGGAGUCGCGGUCGCCUCAGGAGGCCUUCAGCUCCAGCUUCCGAGGCGGAGAGCACGGCGACGAUCUGGUCUUGGAGUUUUAUUCAAGUACAUGAGACUCUGUUAGUUCUGACUGUUUCCAGGGAUGUGGGUGAAGGCAAUAAGAGUCCACGAGCUUGGUGACCCAAAAGUACUAAGUUGGGAAGAGGUUGAGAUUGGGGAACCCAAUGAAGGAGAAAUCCGGAUCAAGAACAAGGCCAUUGGAGUCAACUAUGUCGAUAUAUAUUACCGUACCGGAUUACAUCGAGCACCUCUUCCAUUUAUUCCUGGCAAGGAAGCAGUUGGUGUUGUGUCUGCUGUGGGUCCUGGGGUUACUAGCUUCAAAGUCGGCGAUGUUGUUGGCUAUGCUGAUAAUCCAAUGGGUUCUUAUGCUGAAGAGCAGAUCAUCCCGGCAAGUGUGGCCAUUCCUAUACCCCCUGCAAUAGACUACAAAACUGCAGCAUCUGUUUUACUGAAGGGAAUGACUGCAUAUGUCCUUGUGCGACAAGCCUUUAAGGUCCAGAGAGGCCACACUGUUCUAGUUCAUGCUGCUGCUGGUGGAGUUGGCUCUCUCCUCUGCCAGUGGGCAAAUGCCCUUGGCGCCACCGUCAUUGGCACUGUUUCAACUGAAGAGAAGGCUGCCCAAGCAACUCAAGAUGGAUGCCAACAUGUGAUAGUGUACACGAUGGAAGAUUUCGUUACCCGGGUUACUGAGAUCACGUCAGGGUUAGGUGUUCAUGUUGUCUACGAUGCGGUCGGGAAGGACACAUUCAAGGGGUCGUUGGCGUGCUUGAUGCCACGGGGUUGCAUGAUCUCCUAUGGCCAGUCUUCAGGCAGCAGGCCAGACCCUGUCCGGUUGAGCGAUCUCGCACCAAAAUCGUUGAUCCUUGGCAGGCCAGGACUCAUGCAUUACACCACCAACCGCAACGAGCUGCUGCUGGCCGCCAGUGAAGUCUUUGCCAGUGUCAUGGCUGGGGUGCUGCAGGUGCGCGCCAACCACGUGUACCUGCUGUCAGAGGCUGCCCGCGCGCACACAGAUCUCGAGGCCCGGAGAACAUCCGGCUCCAUCGUGCUGGUACCUGACAGCCAAUGGUUGUAGGAGAACGCAUGUGGUAGCCGUGGCCUCUGGUUCCGCGUUGCCAUAUUCAGAGUUUGUGCAUUAUAAUGUUGCUCUGGGAUGCACUCUGCUAAACAGUAUAUGUUUAACUGUUGUGAGGUACUGUGAGAUUUCAUAAAAUUUUACCAGAUUGUCUUGGUGGAUGAAUUCACCAUUCGAUGCAACCACUCUUGUUUACCUGACAUGUGACAUGUUUUGCUGAUAAAUUACUGACGAAUUCGGAUGGUUUCUGGAUA